AAAAACGUGACGGACGCGAGCAGUUUGCCCUCUUUCGGUCCUCGCCGCCAAAUUCACUGAUUUCCAUCCCAGAUUCCCCUCCGAUUCCUCCUUCAAAUCUCUUAACCCAAUCCCGUGCUGAUCCGGCCUCGUCCUCCGCUUCCGAUUGGUACCCCAUCUCGCCUUCCUUUGAAGUGCAUGACGGCUUCUAGGGUUAGGGUUUCCGUGCCUCGAUUUCGAUCCCCGUCUCCGGAUCUUGUUUCAUCAAUACGUUCUUCGAUCUGCCUGCUGCCUUCGCCGUAGCUCGAUUGAUCCCGAUUCGCUCGUUGGUAGGUAGAUCGAAAUCGAAUCUAGGGUUAGGGUUUGAUUCGGGUUCUGGAUCCGCUUGGUUGCUGAGACCCGUUUCCUACAUCUUUUCUUCCAUUAUCUUCGUCUGCAUUUUGCCGCGUUUCCCCUCUUUCAAUCUAUUGUUAUCUUUUGUGAAGCCGGAAUCUCCCCGAUUCCGCCUGUUUCUCCGGGGGUGGGGUAUAUCACGACCAUCUAUCGAAUCAAUCGAUAGGUCUUAUUUCCGGAAGAAAUUAGGACCUAGGAUUUGCAAUUUUUUUUAAUCACUUUGAAUUCUGGGAGUUUCAGCUUGUUGGGCACACUAGUUCUUUUUGGUGGAUUACUCCUUAAAGGUUAAAUAUGGUGUUCAACCAAAAUGGACAGCCAUUUUCUGGUCACAUGUCUGACCAAUUUGCUUAUGAACAUGAAAGACAUCUGGCUUAUGAUGAUCAACUUUCACCAUUUGCUGAAGAUUCUGCAUGUGAGGCUAUCCCUUCAAAAUCACAAUCUUCUGAUGAAGAGCAGAAGGGUUUCUCGAACUGCCACAAAGAUUUUGAGAAUGUGACUGCUGAUCCUCCCUAUGACAACCUUCGUAGUGAUCUCAAUGGCAAUCCUAGCUUUUCAUGGAUGGUGGUCAACAACAGUGAAGUCAUUUGGUCAGAAAAUGGCAAAAGGCUGUUUUGUGAUGACGAAACUUGCCUAUAUGCAAGGAAGCAUUCAAAGCAAUUGGGUUCAUUUGAAGACAACUGCUUCCUUGCCUUUGAGAAACCACCUUUAGCUGCUGCUGCUGCUGAGGACUUGAAAGAUACAAGAAUCUCUGUUGCUGUGGAUGCUAUUAAUCAGGCAACUACCAGCCAUUGUGUUGCACAGGGUAAUAGCAGAGAAGCUGGUUUGGACACUGCUCGAGAACCUUCCCAUCAUAGUUAUAUGGGUAAUAUCCAUCAAGCAGUUGAAUUUGAUCAAGUUGAAGAGAUCUGUUCACCUGUUUUUGAUUACUUCAAAAGGAAACAUGUUGCUAUUGGAGUGAAUCAUCAGGUUGAUAUUCCAGAGUGGAGAUCUAAUAACCAUAUUGGGGAUUAUGAGGAUUUUGCUUCCACAUUGCCUUCCAAGACAACUCCACCGUCAUCAAAUCAUGUAGUUGAUGAAGUUGAAAGUGAUAGAUGGGUCGGGACAUGCGCAAUGCCAUUACCUGAAUCUGCUUUAUUGGCUUCAAAUGUUUUAGUCUUGCAAUGCAAGGACUGCGGAUGCCCAGAUGAGGGUUCAAUAAGAUGUGUGAGGCAGCACGUGAUGGAAACAAGAGAAAAGCUGAAGAAACAGUUAGGUCAGGACAAGUUUAUAGAGUUGGGUUUUGGCGAUAUGGGUGAGGUUGUAGCUCAAAAAUGGACCGAAGAGGAGGAACAGUUAUUCCAUGAAAUUGUGUUGUCAAAUCCUGCAUCAUUGGGCAAAAACUUUUGGGAUAAACUGCCUCAGGUGUUUCCAGCUAGAAGUAGUAAAGAACUAGUAAGUUACUACUUCAAUGUUUUCAUGCUUCAGAAGAGAGCUAAACAGAAUAGGUUGGACCCCCUGCAUGUAGACAGUGAUGAUGAUGAAUGGCAAGAAAGUCAUCAUGGUGAAUUUGCAACGGGAGAAGAUGAAGAUUCUGUAGUGGAGUCUCCUCUGGAAGAUGAAGAUGAAGAUGAAGAUGAAGAUGAAGAUGAUGAUGAUGCUGGUGAGGAAGAUGAAACCGAGGAGGAAGAAAUAUCUGAAACAGCUGAUGACAUAGAGAAUUGUGAUUUUUAUGCCCUCGCUAGGAACAAUGAAAAAGGGACCUGUGGUGCUGUGAAAGGGUGCAUUUCUAGUCAGACAAACCUUAUCUCUAACAUGCAGUUCACAGAAAGCAGUCUGUAUAAUUGUACAGAGGAGCAAGACAUUCAAGAUGAUUCAUGCACAUCCUUUGAGGGCCAGCAUAAUGGUUCUGAUUCCUGUGAUCCUCUCGGUAUCUUUGACCUUCAACAUGGUUUGAAUGAGGAUCAUGAUUUCUGCAAAGAAUACCAGAAUGAUAGUUUAAGUCGGUUAACAGAUGAUGGGUUCUAUGAUGGCCACUGUGAUCCAAAAGCAUGGGAUAUGAGUUAUAGCUGUGGGGCAGAAAAAGAUGAUUUCUUAUCAACAAAUAACCUGAUAGAGGAGGUGUUUGGAAAAGAACCCGGCGACGACAAAUGAAGAGAAAGGCAGUUAUGGUUCAUGCCAAUAUGGCUAGUCUUGGAUAAUUUUUUUCCUUUUUCCUUGCUUUACCUUGUAUCGCCCACUAUGAUUGAUAUCCCAAUUGAGUAAAUUCUUAUGACUCCCACUUGGUC